AUGAUCCAGCUCGUUCUUUACCUGGUGUUGCAAGUCAUUCUCUUCUUAGCUUGGGUUUUGGGUUAUCUCGACCCGUACCAGAAGAAGAUGCAGGAAAUAAUUCUCGAUGCUAUGGGUGAAAAUAAGGUCUCCUAUGGGCUCAAGAGGAGCUUGACUGGCAAGAAGCUCAUUGAAGACAAGAACUUUAGCAAAAUCCAGGACCAGCUGGGAAGUGAGCUUGCAGGAACAUUUGGAAAGGGCGGAAUCGGUGAGGGCGUGGGCAACGUGUUAAGCAAGAGUCUGUAG